AUAUCUAACUCGAGAUAUUUUAAUGAGACGACCAAUCAUUGUGACCCCCAAGUACAAAAGCUCAUUUGACUUAUCCAAAUUGGAGGAUAAUGAUAUGUCUCAAUUGAUUGACUUGAAAGACUUUCGAUUUCUCAUCAAUAAUUUACCAUGUCACAGAUCAUCAUCUUCCUCUUUCGCCUUUUCGUCAUCUAAAUCAUCAUCAUCUUUGUUAGAAACUGUUGACAGUACAAUUGUGAUUCAAAAUGGAAACAAUUCAAUCUCACCAGAUGAUGAUUCCAAUAGUGUUGAUAUAUUCCUGUUAAUAUUUAUUCAUAGUGCUCCAAAUAACUUUGAAAAGCGUAAAAUAAUUCGUGAUACUUGGGCCAGUUCUCAGAAUAUCUCAUUUUCUCAGAUUCGCCGGGUUUUCCUUUUAGGCCUAGUUGAUGAUAUUGAACUUCAACGAUCAAUUAAUCAAGAGAACAAGAUUCAUGGUGAUAUUAUUCAAGGAAAUUUUGUUGACACAUAUCGUAAUUUAACUUACAAACACGUGAUGGGCCUUAAAUGGAUAACAUAUUAUUGUCGUUCAGCCAAAUUUAUCAUCAGAAUUGGAUUAAUUAAGCUGGAGAGUAAAAGAGAAAAGUAAUCACAAUUGAAACAACUACCUACUUUUAUUUAAAUUGAUCAUUUUUUACACUAUUUUUUUUCUCGAAUGAGAUCAAAAUUCAUAAGGAAACGUUUAUUGUAUAAUACAAUUUGUAUUUUAAAUUUUGAACCCAAGAUCUCGCAUACACUUUUUGUGAGCCUCUAUAAGAUCAUGACAAUGUUCCUCUCCAUUUUCAAUUAUACUGUAAAGAUGAAAUAAAGAAUGAAUUAAAAAGAGAAGGAGAAAAA